AUGCUGAUCGAAAAACGUUUCGAGAGUUUGCAUAAAAAGAAACCUCGUGCAGUGGUUCGUACCUUUCAUAUCAUCUCAUUUUGAACGACAAUUGUCAUACCAGGAACUGUUCCGUCUGAAUACAACUAUCCUCUUCUGGAUCGGCUUCGUUCCCCCGUUGUUUGCCGCCUCGUUCUCUAUCCUCACAGCCAUUAUCUUUCACCAAGAGAAGAUAACAAACUACGUCUGGAUAUGUGGAGUAUGUUCUGCAGUUCCUUCUUCUCCAAUUCGAAUCAUUUCAGAGGGCAUUCCUACCAUCUCUCUCCAGAAUAAUCAAUCUAACACUGGAAGGCCUCGUCUGGCAACUCUGCAUAUUCUUCCACAUUCCUUUCCGACUUCUCGAAUUGUCCGUUGGUUGUGAGUCAUUUCUUUUCUUUCUCUCUCUCUCUCUCUCUCUCUAUGCUCCAUCAGAAUACUCGUAUAGGGGUGAGAUAUGGUCGUCUGGAGAGCAAAAACAACAAAUGGCGUGUUUGGUAUAAAAUGCAUAGACAUCUGUAUGCGGUUGUCGGCGUGCUCGAGCUCGUUCUUCUCACCGGAUUAUCGGCUGUCGGAGAGAAAGAGCACGGAGGUGAGGGGCUCGUAGAGCAGCUGAAAACGGCCUUCCGAUUGCUUCAGUCGUGCACGUCUGCAUGUUCUACAGCUUUGGCGUAUUCGCCCUUCUCUUCUUCAUUUCCAACACGGUCUGUCACUCACAGUCACUCUACUUUCUGAACCCUUAUGUGAGCGUUGUUUGCGUCAGAAUGACCAAUUUCUUUCCAAUUUAGGGACGGGUAUCGUAUUACAUGAAGAUCGCAAUCAGUCUCGCUUACUUCUUCUCGGCUCCAGCCAUUGCCACAUUCUACACUCUUUACUGGAAAGCCUGUUUCACUUGGGGUGAGUAUUCACAUUCACAUAAAAUAGAGAGCAUCUCGAAUUUUCAGCCUACGAACUGUUUGCCCUUAUUGAAUAUCUCGACGUCUUCAUGGUGAUCUUCUAUCAUGGGUGCUGUGUAUACUGGGAUAUACAGCAUAAGGUGGGACUUCCGGUGAAUCUCCCUCCCAAUUACCCCUUUCCAGGUGAUAUUCAGUGUCCGAUACAACAAACCGCCGAAACGUGUCGCCGAGGAAAUGGAAUUCACAGAAAUGCCUAUCAAAAUCUGA